UGGUAGGAUUGCUAAUCGGUUCGAGGACAUUUCUUGUUCUACUGCUCCUCCUAUUGUGGGAUUGGCUUUGUCAGGCUUACAAAGAGGUGACCGUUGCAAACUGUGACAAACAAAGGAAGCCAGACAAGUUACAGCAUGCUGAGCGUGCUACGGGUGCACCUCCCGUCUGAUAUACCAAUUGUUGGUUGUGAGCUCACGCCUUACGUGCUCUUACGCCGACCAGACAAGACCGUUACCACUGAUGAUGUGCUUGAGUCUGCCCCUCUUGAUGGUCACUUAUUGAGAUACAAGUGGUAUCGCAUACAAAGUGAUAGGAAAGUUGCUGUCUGUAGUGUACAUCCCUCUGAGCAAUCCACUUUGCAGUGUCUAGGUUGUGUUAAGACAAAAAUAGAUGCUGCUAAAAGUUACCAUUGCUCUCCACAGUGCUUCUCAGAUGCAUGGAAACAUCAUCGUGUUCUUCAUGACUGUGCUGCAAGUGCUGGAAACGAAAAUGGAAAUGAAGAGGAAGAGAUAUUUGGUCGUUUCAAUAGCACAGGGUCUGGAGAUAUUAGUGUCAUUCUAACUAAUUCAUCAACCACUAACUUGAAGAAUGGUUCAACACCUCUGUAUCCUGCUUCCUUUACACAAAGGAGCGAUGGUGAAACCUGGUUUGAAGUCGGACGAUCUAAAAUCUAUACACCAACUACAUAUGAUAUUGGUCAUGUUCUCAAGUUUGAAUGUGUGGUCAUUGAUGCAGCAUCGAAACUACCUGUGGGGCAUCCCAAUACUAUUUCGACAUCUUAUGUUAUUCCAGCGCCUUCCCCUAGUCCUCGGCAUUUGAUCCCGGUAGGUGGAGGUGAUAUGAUGACACAACUGGAUUCAGAUGAUCGCAUUUCAUCCUCUGGAACUUUUACUGUUCUCUCGUACAACAUUUUGUCUGAUUCAUAUACCAGCCGCGAGCUGUACAGUUAUUGCCCUUCAUGGGCCCUUUCUUGGGCAUAUCGCAGACAGAACCUGUUGAGGGAAAUUGUUGGUUAUCGUGCUGACAUUGUUUGUGUUCAAGAGGUGCAAAGCGACCAUUUUGAUGUUUUUUUUGCCCCUGAGCUGGAUAAACAUGGGUAUCAAGCUUUAUAUAAGAGGAAGACAAAUGAGGUUUACAGAGAAAAUAUCCAUACAAUUGAUGGUUGUGCUAUAUUUUUCCGUAGAGAUAGAUUUUCCCAUGUCAAAAAAUAUGAGGUUGAAUUUAAUAAGGCUGCUCAGUCCUUGACUGAGGUUGCAGUUCAAACUACUCAGAAGAAAGCUUCUUUAAAUUGUUUGGUUAAGGAUAAUGUUGCACUAAUUGUGGUUUUAGAAGCAAAGUUUACUAAUCAGGUAGCUGACAAUCCAGGGAAGCGGCAGCUUCUUUGUGUGUUUUUAGUGGGCAUUGGCAAGUUGAGCACUAGUUAAUCAUGUUGCAGCUGUUCAGCUCUGAGAU